AUGCAGGUGGCAUCUUGCAGGCUCCGCACCCACCAAUGGUGCUUCAUCCUGUUCAACAUUGUGCUGUUCCACGCUUUGCUCUUCGGAGCAGACUUUAUGGAGGAAUACUUGAUGCAGUCUGUGCCCGUGUCUUACACAGACGGAAAGUUCCUUGAGAUCAGGGAGCAAGCAAGGAACCUGAACAUGCAACUUCUGAAGAACAAUAUCUCUGAGAACUAUGUAAUUAGGGAGGAAGGCCUUUGUUCUGGUCGGGACGUCUUUCUGCUGAUGGUUGUUUUUAGCAGUCCAGAAAACAAGACAAGGCGGGAGACAAUCCAAUACACUUGGGGUAACAUGACCAAUUACAAAGACCUUGUGGUGGUACAUUUGUUUGCUUUGGGAAGGUCACUCUCAGAAGAAACUCAAUUAGAGCUCCUCAAUGAAUCACAGGUCCAUAAGGAUAUAGUGGAAGCACGCUUCUUGGAUACCUAUGAAAACAGAACGCUGAAAGUCAUCAUGUCCAUGGAGUGGAUUGUCACCUUCUGUCCCAAAGCAAAAUUUGUACUAAAAGUCGACCAAGAGGCGUUUGUGAACAUGGAAAGCCUGGUUGAUUAUCUGAGUUACCUGCUGACCUCAGAGACACAUUCAGAAGACGUAUACAUUGGAAGAGUCAUCCAUCAGGGUGUUCCAGAAAGAGAAUCAAAGAGUCUUGAUUUUGUCCCCAUAUCUUCCUAUCCAGAUGCCUUCUACCCUGAUUACUGCAGUGGGACCGCCUUGGUUAUUUCUCAGAAUGUAGCAAGGAAUCUUUAUCUGGUCUCCAAAGACAUCACUCCGCUACUGCCGGCAGAUGUCUUCCUCGGGAUCUGUGCUCGGAAAGCAGGGGCUGUUCCCGUUCACAGCUCCCGCUUCUCCGGCCCCAAACACAUCAUGUAUAACCGAUGUUGUUACAGGUUCAUCUUCUCUUCUUCUUCAGUGGGAGAAGAGGAACUCUCUUUUCUCUGGAAGGACAUGACCAACAGCAAGGAGUGUUCCGUCCUUGAAACAUAUUACGGCCUGGUGUCCUGCAAAGUCAAGAUGUAUUUGGGUGAAUUAAAGUACUUUAAUAUAGGUAAAAUAAAGCAAGGGGCGCUAAAUGUUUAAGAUGCUCACUUCGGAAACAAUACACAAUAGAGCGUCCGGAAAGGCCACAAGGAGCCAAUGAAGGAAGAAAUAGACUUUGCAACACCAUUGCUGACUGAUUUGCAACCCAGACAUCUCAGAAAUGAAGAUCCAAACUGGUGGGUCCAAGGAACAUGAGUGUUUAUAAGUAAAUGACCUGUUGAUUUGCCCUACUGCCCAAGAAAAGCUGGCCUGUUGGUAGACAUAUCAGAAGCGGAGUUUCCCGUUCCUACAUUAUAUUUUGUGUGGCGUGAAUCUAAAGAAGUGCUUUUCAUAUUUUGGGACAGUAAAUCUCAUCUUCUGAUGCACAAGGUUAUUUGACUAAUAAAAUAUAUAUUGGUUUUAUUUGCUUGUGUUCUCCAAUACACAUCUCUGUUCAAACAAGGGGGAAAACUUUUUGAAAUGUUGGUUUAAUGUCACCAUUAAAAUACCAAUAUACAGAGAAGGAAUACUCUGGGCACACAAUAAGCUAUACCCUCAUAUUGUACUGUCUAAGGGAAUCAA